AUGUUCAAGCGCUCGCAUCGGUCGCGAGACCACUCGCAGAGCCGCGUCGACAAGACUGCCAGACUGAAGAAGCAAGGCUCCCAGCGGGAUCCUACGAAAGUGUCGAGACUGCAGAGGUCUCUCCAAGACAAGGAUGAGCUGUUGGCCGCCCAGGCCGGCAACAUGCCCAACGCCGCGCCCUCGCCCAUCGUGACACUCACUAUUGGUCGCGAGGGUCGGCUCUUUGCAGCGCACGAAGACGUUCUGCGACAGUCGCCGUUUUUCGACAUGGCUUGUCGCGACAACUUUUUCGAUUCGCAGAGCAGGAGAAUCUUUCUCCCUGACGAGGAACCCGAGAUCUUCUCCGCCGUCCUCGAGUACCUAUACAAAGGUGACUAUUGCCCGCGCUUGGUCCCCUCCAAGCAGCAGCGCAACACCUGGGAGCUCGAGAACAACCCGACAACCCCCAGCGGACGGAGCCCUCGCCCGUCACCAAACCCCGCCAACCCCAGAGGCGGUCGCCCCGCAGGCGUCUCCCCCGAUGCCGUCGUCUAUUUGUCGAGCGUUGGGGCCGAGAUCCUCCGCGACACUGUCGUCUACUGUGCCGCCGAGCGGUACGGUCUCGACGAGCUGAAGCGUCUGGCCCUGUACAAGCAGGGGCUGCAGGCCGGCAUCGAUGUCGGAACCAUCCUGCGGUCCGCCCAGUACGCCUACGCCCACACGCCCGACUCGGACAGUCGCCUGCGUGCCCAUUACCUCGCCUUGAUCAUCCGCUGCCGCAAGACGUUUAAGCGCAGCGGAACCAUGCAGGCCGAGAUGGAGGCUGGAGGAAGCAAGCUCUUUUUUGACCUGUUUGUUGCCAUGUGCAAUCACCUUGACGACGUCAUUGACGUUAGCAACGCACGAUCUCCAAAGGCGGUUUGA